ACUCAAAUAUUUUUUGGGUGAAGGGUUCCGGUUGAAGUGACGUCGAUCGAUUAGGAUAGUACCCUUUGUCCCCAAUGUAUACGGCUUUACAUUCCCCGCGCUCGUGUCAUUCUUCUUUCCCUCUCUCUCUUUUCAUUUCUCUCUGAUCACACACUCUUUCUCACUCCAAGAACACACCCCUCUCUUCCUCCAACUCCUUCUCUAGGGCACACAAUGAAACCCGACUUGUAUGAAAUCUCCGACGACGAAUGGGAUAAUCACUCUUUCAAACCCUCUCGCGUUCUCAAACGACCUCGCUCUUCACCUCCACCUCUCGAUUCCUUCGCUUAUAAACCACCUCCUCAACUAACCGUUUCCACCGACGAUGACGAUUGCGUCGAAAUCACGCCAAACUCCGUCAAUCUCGAUGAAUUGGAAGAUGCUGAUGUCGACGAAUGCGACGCAGCUCCUGCAGCGACUCGUGGACGGCGGUUCAUAAUUGACGACGACGAAGAAGACGAUGGAGGUGAUAGGAAUGGAAGUGGUUCUGUUGAUUUGUACGAUAUAGAGUCCACCGAGGAUGAGGUAGAAGAUGAAAUUGAAGAGGUUGACGAAGAUGAUGUGGUUGGUAGGGCUUUACAAAAGUGCGCGAGGAUUUCAGUUGAGUUGAAAGGCGAGUUGUUUGGUUCUUCGGGAGCCGCUUGUGAGAGGUAUUCUGAGGUGGAGUCUUCUUCAGUCAGAAUCGUUACUCAGGAGGAUGUUGAUGUUGCGUGCGGGUCUGAGGAUUCGGAUUUUCAACCUUUGUUAAAGCCGUAUCAACUUGUUGGUGUCAAUUUCUUGCUUUUGUUGUAUCGGAAGCGUAUUGGAGGAGCUAUAUUGGCAGAUGAAAUGGGGCUUGGCAAAACGGUUCAGGCAAUCACAUAUUUGACUUUGUUGAAUCAUUUGCACAAUGAUUCUGGUCCACAUCUUAUAGUUUGUCCUGCUUCUGUUUUGGAAAACUGGGAAAGGGAACUAAAGAGGUGGUGCCCAUCCUUUUCUGUUCUUCAAUAUCAUGGGGCUGCACGCACAGCAUACUGUAAGGAGUUGAGCUCCUUGUCCAAGUCAGGAUUGCCUCCCCCAUUUAAUGUUCUUCUUGUGUGUUAUUCACUUUUUGAACGGCACAGUCCACAGCAGAAAGAUGAUCGUAAAAUCUUGAAGCGUUGGAAGUGGAGCUGUGUGCUGAUGGAUGAGGCACAUGCUUUGAAGGACAAAAAUAGCUUUAGGUGGAAGAAUCUGAUGUCUGUUGCUCGAAAUGCGAACCAGCGCUUGAUGUUGACAGGGACACCACUUCAAAAUGAUCUACAUGAGUUAUGGUCUAUGUUGGAGUUUAUGAUGCCUGAUAUUUUUGCUUCUGAAGAUGUCGACUUAAAAAAGUUACUAAGUGCAGAAGAUAGAGAUUUAAUUAGUCGUAUGAAGUCUAUCUUAGGGCCAUUUAUUUUGCGGCGUCUGAAAUCUGAUGUGAUGCAGCAACUUGUUCAAAAAACACAGCAGGUUGAAUAUGUCAUAAUGGAAAAGCAACAGGAUCAUGCUUACAAGGAAGCCAUUGAGGAGUAUCGUACUAUUUCACAAGCUCGGUUAACAAAGUGUUCUGAUCUGAACUCAAAAAAUGUUCUUGAAGUUCUUCCUCGACGGCAAAUAAAUAAUUAUUUUGUUCAAUUUCGCAAGAUUGCAAACCAUCCCUUGUUGAUAAGGCGAAUUUAUAGUGAUGAGGAUGUCGUUCGCUUUGCUAGGAAGCUACAUCCAAUAGGGGCUUUUGGCUUUGAAUGUACUUUGGACAGAGUUAUAGAGGAGCUUAAAAGUUACAAUGACUUCUCCAUUCACCGGCUCUUACUUCAUUACGGUAUCAAUGAUAAAAAGGGGAUCCUUUCAAAUAAGUAUGUUAUGCUUUCUGCAAAAUGUCGGGCUUUAGCAGAACUUCUUCCAUCGCUUAAGAAGAAUGGUCAUCGUGUCUUGAUCUUUAGUCAAUGGACAUCAAUGCUUGAUAUAUUAGAGUGGGCUUUGGAUGUCAUUGGGUUGACCUACAAACGGCUUGAUGGAAGCACACAGGUAGCAGAGAGGCAAACUAUAGUCGACACGUUCAAUAAUGAUACUUCAAUAUUUGCAUGCUUGCUUUCCACGAGAGCCGGUGGACAAGGUUUAAAUUUAACUGGAGCUGAUACAGUUGUGAUUCAUGACAUGGAUUUUAAUCCACAAAUUGAUAGACAAGCAGAAGAUCGCUGUCAUCGAAUUGGUCAAACCAAGCCUGUAACCAUAUAUAGGCUGGUGACAAAGGGAACAGUUGAUGAAAAUGUGUAUGAGAUUGCUAAGAGAAAGCUAGGAUUAGAUGCCGCUGUUCUUGAGUCGAUGGAAGAGGUCAGCGAAGGAAACAUGCCUGAGAAGACUAUGGGAGAGAUAUUGUCUGCAAUUUUGUUGAGUUAAAAUAUUGAGCCAAAGAAAACGUUUAGUUUGAUUUAUCAUUCAUCAUCCGCCUUCUACUACAUUUUCUCUCUAGGUUUGCAUUUCUUUCCUUUAUUACUGAUCUUAAAUAUCCAUUUAGAAUUGCAACAAAUUGGCCACCCUUGCAAUUGCUGCAAAAGAAAUCUUGCCGCCCUAGAACUCAGUUAGAUUGCCAAAUUGAUGUACAUUAGUCUUUGUUCAUGUAUUGAUGACAUGAAUGAUCUCUAUAGGUAGAUAAUCGAUAGGAGAAUUAGUAUAAAGAAUCACGGUAGAAGUUAGCAAAUUGGUUUGGCAUUACUCUUGAACAAAGUUUUUAAGCCGCAAACUUUGUUCAUUGUUAAUUGUAGUGUAUUGAAUAUUUAAACAUUCAAGUCCCAACUUUUUAUUA